AUGGCCACAGGAAUUUCUAUUCUUAAGCCACUAGGCUAUCAAAGGAGCAAGCAGUGUGGCUACUGCAAGACCGACAAUGGUAAUAGCUCAUACUACAUGUCAUGCGAUAACAUGAGGAUCGAUCACUAUCAGGAACUUAUGGACAGAGGAUGGAGAAGAUCUGGCACAACAUACUACAAGCCGGAUCUCUCACGAUCGUGUUGCCCACAUUAUACCAUCAGGCUGAAAGGCGCCGACUUCAAGGCUAAGAAGGAACAGCGUUCGGCAAUCAACAAGCUCAACGACUUCGUGCUCGGUCCAGAGUACAAACGAAAAGCGGCUAUGCUGUGUCCACAAUCUAGAGAUGCGAAGCGACAGAAGAGAGACAAAUUCGAUGUUACUGAAGCAGCACAUAGAACCGAAUACAGUCGUCUACCACGACCGGAAGGAAAGAGAACCGGAAAGUCGAUCGAGCCAGCCCAUAAGUUCGAGGUAACGCUGGAGGGCGACAGCUGCACACAAGAGAAGCACGAAGUCAUGCUCAGGUACCAGACCAAAAUCCAUAAAGAUCCUGAAUCGAGGUGGACGGAAGCCAGCUUCCAGAGAUUUCUAUGCAACGGAUUGAACAGACAGACUUUGAAGAUCAAAGGUAAGACUAUGAAGCUGGGAUCGUACCAUCAAUGUUACCGACUGGAUGGAAAGCUCGUUGCGGUGGGUGUUCUUGAUCUGAUGCCACAUGCCGUGAGCUCUGUUUAUCUUUUCUACGACCCGGACUACCAAGGUUGGGAUUGGGGCAAAAUCAGCGCUCUACACGAGAUUGCUUUCACUUUGGAGAAAGGUUAUCAGUAUUACUAUAUGGGCUACUACAUUCACACAAUUCCGAAGAUGAGAUACAAAGGCAGGUUCGAGCCAAGCUUCCUUCUGGAUCCUGAAAGUCUCGAGUGGCACUCGCUCGACAAUGAGUUCAGACAGAAAUUAGACAUCAGGAAAUAUGUUUCCGUUUCUGCAGACCAAAAAACAGCAACAAGUGUAGAUGCAAUUCGCCUUCUAGUGCAGGACGCGAGCCCUGAACAACACAAGUCAUAUCAGCCUCAUAAAAAGGAAAGCAGCAGCAAGGGGGAUUCGGCCUAUGAGGUCGACUCAGACAUUUCCGACAUUGAUGAUACUGAUAUUCCACAGGGCUCGUUGUUUGACUACAACAUGCCUGGUAUUCUGACGAAGAAGGAAAUGAAAAAGCUUGAACCUAAUUUAGGUCACAUGGGACUACUCGUCAGGACUUCUUUGGUUGAGCUCGAAGACAUUCGUGGCUGGGAAGACUGGAAGAUUGAUGAACCGAACACUAUCAAAGGAAUAGCAGCUGAACUAAUUGCAGCCACUGGGCCGAAGUUGUUGGAAGACUCUGCUCUAGCCUUGUUUUGA